AUGCAGGAUGAAGAUGGAUACGUCACCUUAAAUAUUAAAACUCAAAAACCAGCUCUCACUUCAGGUGACCCUGCUUCCUCCUCUUUGUGGCGUAUGAUGGCUUUGAUUCUGCUGAUCUUGUGCAUGGGGAUAGCUGUUGGGCUGGUGGCUCUGGGGAUUAUGUCUGUCACGCAGCAGAACUACCUACAAGCUGAGAAUGAACAUCUCUCAGGAACUCUGAAAAAAUUAGCAAGGAAGUUCUGCCAAGAUUUACUACAACAAUCAGGACAAAAGGAAAGCCAUAAAUGCAGCCCAUGUGACGUAAACUGGAGAUAUUAUGGAGACAGUUGCUAUGGAUUCUUCAGGCACAACUUGACAUGGAAAGACAGUAAGAAGUAUUGUGCUGAUGUAAAUGCUACUCUUCUGAAGAUCACCAGGGAGGACACGCUGCAAUACAUCAGUAGCAGGACUGGAUUAAUUCGUUGGGUUGGAUUGUUCCGCCAGAAAUCCAGUGACAUCUGGAUGUGGGAAGACGGCUCAGUUCCCUCCAAAAAUUUGUUCAAGCUUUCUGGAACUGCAACAGAAAAUAUGAAUUGUGCUUAUUUUCAUAAUGGGAAAAUUCACCCUACCUUCUGUGAGAACAAACAUUAUUUAAUGUGUGAAAGGAAGGCAGGCAUGGCAAAGGUGGACCAACUACUUUAA